AUGUCUGCCUCGACCACAUCUACCACUUUUGUCGACGACGCAGUUGAUCGAACCAACAAUGAUCGAUUCCCCUUCGAGGUACUCGGGGAGCUCUUUUCAUAUAUCCGGGACGACCCAAAAGCCGGUGAUGUCGCGCUACUGGAGCGUCUUUUGCUCGUCUGUCGCGCAUGGACUUGUGCAGCACUAGGCCAUACGCAAUUAUGGGGGUAUCUUAACGUUUACGUCUCGGGAAAGUAUAAAAUCGAUUUCUGGAUGAAGUACAUCCGCUCACGACUGCUCCGAACGGGACCGGUACAACUCGUCGACGUUUGCAUCGGAUACGACCCAAGGAUUGUUGUCUGGCAAAUGUUGCCUCUCCUAAAUCUUCUUUCUGGAGAGAAUGGAGAGAUUGCUAGACGAUGGAAAUCUUUGGUUCUCUGCGACAGCGAAGGAAUCAUACAAACCACUCAUAUCGAUCACUUUCUUUCGCAUCCCACCCCAUAUCUCGAAUUAAUUCGACUCGAUUAUGUCCACUUGAGCCCCCAGGUUCGUGUUUUGCCAGUCGUUAGUGCACUUCGGCGCGCGGACUUUGUCGAAUGUGACCCAUCAAUUCCAUCCAUGGAUAUGAGUAGACUACAGGAGCUUAAUCUAUCGCUAUAUGACGACUGGUCCACGCAAAACCUCGAGCCCCUCCAGCAUGCCCAGAAUGUAGUCAAGCUGGUUAUUGAGGCAUGGAGAUACUGGCAAUUCCCCAAAACCACCUCUUUUCCGCACCUAAAGGAAGCGAUACUAAGGAUGCCGAUGGCGUCACGCGCAUUGCAAGGAUUCGUGGCACCAUCCCUCGAGAUACUCUAUAUCAAAAUUUGGACAGAAAAAGAGGUAUUGUGUAUACUGGAGUGUCCUGGUAUAAAGCCAGCACAACUCAAAAAGUUUACAUUUGCUACCAAUCCUUCUUCACUACAACUCGAGGAAAUCUCAAAACUGGUGACGUCGUUUCUCCUUCGGACGAAGAGACUGGAGACGAUAGAAUGCAGAGACGAGUGCGCAUUGAGGAUGGUCGCAGCCGCGGUGAUCGACGAUGCGAUUUCUUUGGACGUUUGCGUCGUUGACCACGUUGGACAAAGCUGGUCUCAUGAGCAACUCAAAGCGAAUCUUCGGGUUUUGCACUAA